AUGAACACCAUCGCCCUGCCGCCGAAAUUGGUGCACUUGUUCAGCCUUCGUUGCGCUGUGGACGCUCCGGUGGACGUUGGCCAAGAGCCGUACGGGCAGAGACGGCUCAUAGAGGAGAAUCAAGCGACGCGUGUCAACGCCAAUUACGUGGUGAAGACCGACGAUGGCGCCUUUCUAUACAUCCACACGGAGGGCAUCCGAGCUGGCUCGCCCGAGGUCCUGCAAGCCCUGAUGACGGGAGGAGACGCGGACGACUGCCAGUACUGGUUUCAUCUCCACGUCAAACUUGAGAUAGGGUAUGAGAAGUACAGAUGGAUGAAUGAUCGGGUCAUUGUCGGGCGUGCCACAAGGGCACCAGACGAGGUUGCCUAUGAUGCGUAUUAUCUGGAGAACACAUUUUGA